UAUACAGUAUCUUUCCAUGCGACGCACGUGCUCCUGUUCACUCCACUGCAGCAGAUGACGCUGUUCACGUCUCGAGUCUCGUCAGUAACGUCACUGCGACCACCGAAGAAACGCGAGGAGACAUCAUGGCGGGAUUCAUGAAAUCCGAAAGUGGGUUCAAAACCGAAACUGUCAGAGUAUUUGUUAUCUUAACUACUGCGUUGCUUUUCCUUCUGUUUUUUGUGCAGAUGUCAGGUGCCACCCGCCCCAUCAUAGAAAUUAAAGAUGGACAAGAGCUCAAAACACACAGUGCCCAGCAUUUUUGCUAUAAUAAUAGUAUCACACCUGGAUGGGGGGAAACAUGGACUAGAAUACAGGUGAGAGUAUGGAGCACCACAAAAUUGAAAGUGACGGUAGUAAAUGAUGAGCAGGAUCUGCGGGAGCUUGAGCAUUUCAGCAUCUGGAAGCUUGUGCAGUACUUCAUUCGAGAACAGACUAACGAGACCACCGUGAGCAUCAGUCUCUUUAGCAACAAAACCUGUUUCCGAGUGGACCCCUCAGACUCCCGGACGCUCUAUACAGUGCAGCCCAGUCGACAUUUUGAUAUCUAUCUAAUUGUGGUGUUUGUGGCUGGAGUGCUUCUGUUCUUCUAUGCAGACACGCUCAGUAGGAGUCAAGUAUUCUACUACUCGGCAGGCAUGAGCACUGGCAUGAUCGCCUCCCUCCUCAUCCUCAUCUUUGUGAUUAGCCGUUUUUUACCCAAGAAAAGCCCUUUCUAUGUGCUGGUGAUGGGAGGCUGGUCUUUUUCGCUCUACAUCAUCCAGCUGGUAUUUCGGAACCUGCAGCUAAUUCUGAAAGAACACUGGCAUCUGGUCAUCGGCUAUGUCCUUGUUGUCGGGUUCAUCAGUUUUGCAGUGUGUUACCGUUAUGGCCCCCUUGUGGAGGAACGAAGUAUCAACAUACUGUCCUGGACGCUACAGAUAUUCGGCCUUCUGCUGGUGUACGCUGGUAUUCAGGUCCAGCAAGUGGCUUUUGCUAUCAUAGUGGCAGCACUCUGCUCCAAGAACAUGGAGUACCCUUUUUCCAUGGCUCUCCAGUUGUAUCAGAAACUGAAGCCAAAGAAACUAGAACCACGACGAUUGCUGACUGAAGAGGAGUAUCAGAGACAAGGGGAAUUAGAGACUCAGAAAGCUCUAGAAGAACUGAGAAACUACUGCGGCAGUCCAGAGUUAAACACGUGGAAGACUGUCUCUAGACUCCAGUCUCCUAAAAGGUUUGCUGACUUCAUUGAGGGCUCUCCUCAUCUGCUGUCCAAUGAGGUCUCCGUUCACACCCAGGAGUACGGUCUGGGCGGAUCAUUCUUCGAGGACGAGCUGUUUUCCACUGAUGAAGAAGAUCAGCCGGAGGAGGAAGACGGAUGGGAAACAGACGACGAUGUGAAGACCAAGGUCGAUUCUCCACGAUGGAACAAUACACGAGUGAUGAAAUGAUGGCGUUGGAAAAGGUUUGAAUGAAGUAUUUAAGCGGAUGGAGCCUGAAACAUUUACUGUUAUUCGGUAGGUAACUGUUGGAGGCUUUCACACAUGGCUGCACAGCGCAGACACUCGAGUUGGUGUGAAAAGCCAAACACUUCUGUCUUUGAUCCACUUCCAUUUGUAACGGAUGAUUCAUGGAUAAAAAAACUGUUCAGAGGAUGCCCGUAGCAUUUUAUUUUCUCAAGAGAAUGGCCAACAGUUGUUUAAUUUCCUCUUUCUUGACCAGAAAAAAAAAAAGAGAGAGAAAAACUGAUUUUUAUUUUUCUUAAAUCUUAAAACUUAAAGGAAUAUUUUAAUCAAAAAUAAUCAUUCUCUCAUCAUUUACUCACCCUCAUGUUGUUCCAUACCAGUGUUACUGACUUCCGUGGAACACAAAAGGAGAUUUUGGGCUCAGUCACCAUUUACUUUCACUGUAAGGAAAAAAGAUUCAAAGAAGGUAAAUGGUGACUGGGGCUAACAAUAUACCUAACAUCUCUUUAUUUGUUCUACAAAUGAACAUAAGUCAAAUGGGUUUGGAACAACAUGAUGGUGAGUAAAUGAUGACAGAAUUUUCAUUUUUGCCUGAAAUAACCCUUUAAGAUGAAUCUUCAGACUUUUUUGACCUCCUGUGUGAGGAGGAAGACUGAAAGCUGUCACUUUGGAUGGUCUGCCUUGUUACAUGGUUUAUAUUUUAUGUUUUGUUUUUAUGUUUAUACUAUGGCCCAGUUACAUGGUUCAACUGAUUAUUUGAUUUAUGUUUGAAUGAGCAAUAAAAGCAGAAUUGAUUUGUGUGUAAUUGUUUUACCUAAAUUAUUAUUUCUCAUUUUUGCAAGCUGAAGAUGGUCAAAUCCGCCACCGUGUAUAUAAAUUACACACAUCUUUAUUGUAGCCACUUGGUGGCAGCAUAAAACCAUUCAGGCCUUACAUGACAAUUUGUAUUUAGUUUGCAUGGAGUAAAUGGAAUUCUUUGUUGUGCAUCUUUGUAAAUAUUUAAGACAAAGUGACAAGAGUGAGCAUUGUGACAGAUCUACAGUCAUGGUCAAAAUUAUUGCCUUCCUUGAAUUUUUCUGAAAACAAUUAAAGCAACGGCUUGAGAUUGUUUAUCUUCACUGGACACGUCAAAGUAAACAUUCUAAAUGACGUGCAAAAAAGAAUGGACCAAAAAGUCAUUAGUUCAA